AUGUGGUGGGAGGAAGGACGGCAUGGACAUAAGGACAAAAUUAGUCUCGGAUUAAAUUUGGCUCUCAUGCUCUUCAUUUCAUCUGUUUCUCUGCUUCAUUUCUCCCCCUCUCCUCCCCACUGCUUCCCACCACCACCGCUACUACUUCACAUUGACGGACACUUAACACAGACAGUGCAAAUACUAUACUGGGGAGAGAUCAAAUACCUGAUCAUGCUGGGGGAGGAGGAGCGAGAUGUCAUCAGCUCAGAGUGCAGCAGUGGAUGCCAAUCUGGUUGGACGGCUUACUUAGACAACUCCUCCUGUGCCUUCUCUCUGCCUCUUGAGCAUAAGAAAGGCGAUUCCUUGUUGGAGGAGGAGGAGGAGGAGGAAGAAGAAGACUCGUCGAUGGUCUCUGAUGCAUCCUCUGGGCCGCCUCACUUCCCUGAACAGGAUAAGCUCUCCCUCCACUGUAUCAACUCCAGGACUUGCUUUGAAGGCAAUGACUUAGUCAAGUGUGGUAAUGGCAAGAAGAGGAAAGUUGAACCGGAGCAACAAUACCAGGAGCAUUGCUCUUCUCUGUUGGAUGACACUGCCAGUUCACCUCUCGUCAGCCAACCCAAAGCCAGCUUCAUUAGUGAGGACAUCAGCAGCUACAUGAAGACCCCCAUGGAAGGUGAUUUGGAAUUCUCUUGUGGCUACUCAGCUACCCAUUUCGAGAGAAACUAUACGCCAGAAAAAGCAAAUGGGCUUCCUUCAAUCCACUUCUCUCGGCAAGCCAAGACCUACAAGACCAGUUAAGAGACUUCGAUGAUGUCAAGGAAAGAAAGUGGAAAGAAGAUUUAAAGAGAUUGACCCUAUAUCCCCUGCUCUGUAGAAGAAAUAGAAGGAUGAAUCUACAGAAAUCUCGAAGAGAUCUCGUUUAGUUUGUCGUUGUAACUCUCUCCCUUUCUUCCCUCUGUUAUUUUUUUUCGUGGCAUGUCAAUGCAGUUGGAAGCAAGUAGCCUAAGCAACAGAGGAAAAACAAAAAUAAACAAUCUUUCUGUCUUUUUUUGUUAA